AUGUUCGCACAUGAGCUAUGCCAGACGGACACAACGAAGCCUCCGCCACCAAUUGACGAUUCCUUUCCCCAUUCUGCACUGUUGGAGCAGCUUCGCGUGACCGACGUGCAAAGAGUACAACAGUUUUUAACUAAUCGAAAUUUACGAAACGAUAGUAGAUCGUGUUCUUCAACCAUUCCCGCAAAUAUUUCAAGCUAUCGAGCGAAACUUGGCGAGGCACUUGUUGUUUUGGAAAACCUAAAACAUUCAGCGCUGGUAAUGGAUGAUUUGUUACUAAAGGAAGAUGAAUCGGAUCCGAGAUGGAAAGAAGAGCUAGGCCGAACGCAACAAUUGAAGGACGUUUUGUUACGCAUUUUAGAACCGCUGGAAAAUGAUUAUUGCAAGCAACGCUUAAUGCACAAGCUUGCCACACGCAAAAAGAAACGAGCAUGGCAAAAACGACGAAAUCAACGGUUGCAUGAAGAUCGCAAGACGGAACAAGCAGCCCGGACGGAACGCUUAGCUGAAAUAGAUGCAUGGGAGGCUGAAUGGAAGAAUCGGCUAAUCCAGGAACGAGUUGCCCGAGAGGAGUUACACAUGAAAACUCUAAUUCUAACCGACGUACGGCGCAGAAAGGCUAGAGUAAAACGGGUGUUAACACGCUUUGAAAAAGCUGUCCAACUGCAACAGCAAAGACAAAGUGUUUCAAGUAUCCACCCACAGCUAGAAGAACGCACCCUCACCAAAAUGGACACUCUUAUAACAGAAUGGAAGGGGAAGAUGGCAGAAUGUGUUAGGGAAGAGAAACGGCUGAAAGCGGAGCUAAAUCGUCAGUCUACCUGCAACGUAAAUCGCCGGCGAGAGAAUCGUUGGCGUAAGGUUUUGUUUGGAAGUGCUGCUCCUGGCGGAAUGGCUGGCCGUGGGUCCAAAGAAGACUGGUGGCAGCAGCUUAUAACAGUGCGUCGUGCAUGGGAUACGUUUUCCUUGCCAAGCAGUUCGGACGAUAUCCUGAUCCAGAAUGGCAUGCCUAACGAGAAAAAUGUUGCACCUGCCACAUGGGUUUUGCCUCCGGAUCAACCACUACCGGAAUGGGGUGUGUAUCAGGAAACGAAAACAAUUAAACGAUAAGCUAACGGUUCAUCCCUAGGUUUUCAGUAUGCAAAUAAUAAUGUUCAAAUUUUGAAAUGAUCACUAACGACAAAUAAUAAAGCAGUGUGGCGAUGAAAUUAAUGCAACUUAAAAA